ACAGUCGCCACGGUGAAGUGAUAAAACAUGACAACCGACCACGGGUUCUGAUUGGUCUACUUUUUAAUAGAACAAAACACACAUACACACACACACAAAAAAGACUACUCGGAUUCUCCUUGAUUCGAUCUGUUUUCUUACUGUCUUGGUUCGUUUUUCGUUAUGGUGUGUUUCAGUUUUAUGAUAUGAAGACGUUGGAAUUUUCAGUGGUUUCGUUUCUAUAUAUACUGUGUGUCUAAAAUGAGAUUUAAAUCGGUAGCGCGAAAGUGGAAUAAAGAAGGUUCAGAAGAUGAUAUAGAAAUAAAAACCAUAAAAUUUUGUUCAGACGAUCAAUCCAUGGAAACAACUAUGGUACCUCCAAACGUAGAAACGGACGCCGCUGAUUAUUGCACUAUAAAAAACAACCGCAACGAAACUCCGGAUUUUUUCAUCGAAAAACAAUUACAAGAUAAAGAUGUUAAAGAUAGCGAAGAUUCCAUUUUGAAUAUCUCCUUACCUUGGGACAUACAAAUUAAAAAAACUGGAGUGUUUACUAGGACACCAGUAGCCAAAGGUGAAAAAUAUGGACCCUUUCAAUGGACUUGGGCCCUCGAACCACACGACGUUAGAUUCGCUUGGGAGGUUGUAGAUGGAAACGAAAGUAAAGGAUGGUUGGAUGGCUCCAUGCAUUACAGAAACUGGUUAAAACUGAUCAAAUGUACUACUAACCAAGAAGAAGCGAAUUUGAAAUACCUACUGCAAGGCGGACAGUUAUGGUACCAAACAAUUAAAGAUUUACCAGUCAAUACGGAAUUAAUUUUAUUACCAAAAGAGCCUUUAUGUCUUCAAGAUCUUAUCGCCGAUUCAACAGAUGCAAGAUCUGAUAGAGAAACUGCUUCUCAACAUAGUGGAACUGUCGAUGAUCGUGAUGAUGAAGAAGACGAUAUUCGUUGCUAUAUUUGCAAUAAUAUCUUCGCUGAUUUAGAUAAAUUGGACGAUCACCUCGUAACGAAACACAGCCACAGACGUGACGAAUUCCAAUGCGAUUUUUGUCCCAAGGCUUUUUCAUAUCGACCCAGUUUAACCAAACAUCGAGUUAUAAAACACGGAGAAACCAAAAAAUUCCACUGCGAAAAUUGUCCAAAGGUUUUCACUGACCCUAGUAAUUUGCAAAGGCACAUACGAAGUCAUCACGUAGGAGCAAGAUCCCAUGCUUGUCCGGAAUGCGGAAAAACUUUUGCUACUUCUUCCGGUUUAAAACAACACACACACAUCCACUCUUCUCACAAGCCAUAUCGAUGCGAAGUCUGUUUAAAGUCCUACACUCAAUUUUCGAACUUGUGUCGUCACAGACGUAUGCACGCCAACUGUCGAAUGCAAAUCAAGUGUGUUAAAUGCGGAAAAUCCUUCCCGACCUUAACUUCUUUAUCGAAACACAAAAGAUUUUGCGAUUCGCCUACCGUAACGCCGUUCAUAGCUCAACAACAUAACAUACCCUUAACUCCCCCAAUGGCUGGAAGCAAUACUUUUCCUUUUUAUCGACCUAUCGGUUGUCCUUUACCGUUUUUUUCACCACAAAUCUCCUUAUUUCCUUCUACCUCUAUAAUCCCACCUCUCCUGUUUCCCCAAAUGCCUCAGCAAUACUCCGAAGUACUUACAAAGAGAAUACAACAAGAACAUAAAGAAGAAAAAAUUUCACCGAAGCAAGAGCCUUUAAACGAAGUAAUGAGUCCUUCGAAAGGUUUAGAAGCUAGUGAAGCUCCUUCUCCUAAUAAACCAAAUGGUUUUCUACCGUUUCCUUGUAAAAUGGAAUACGAAGAAAACGUUAAAAACGAACCUCUAUCACCGGGAAAUCCCAAGGGAGAUCUUGUGAAGAACGAUCGUGCAUUCCAUCCUAUUUCUUUAACGUACAAUCCAAAAAAUGAUUUAAAACGAUUCAUUACAUCACCUUCAACAAAUAACGAAGACAGUAACGAUCAACCGUUGGAUUUGAGCGGUUGGAAACUAAACGAAAACAUCCCAUCACCAAAAUCAAAAGAUCAAUCACCACCAUCCAUAAAUGACGAAGAAAACGUCGAGGUACUCGAAGUUAUAGAAGAAACUAAUCCUCCUGAUAAAGUUUCCGCGAUGCCACCUAUGGUAUACCCCCGGCCGAUUCACCCGAUGAUGUCGGAUAUUUGUCGGAAUUUUCCUUACAGUUACCCGCCUCCAAGCAACGAGAAAAUGCUUCCUUUCCCGUUUCCCCCUCACAGAUUCCCAUUUUUGAACGGCUUGCAACCUCAACGCAUCGACAUGAUGAGAUCCAACGUCAAGCCUUUUCAGGACGUCAUGCAACAAUACAGCCAAGGGAAAAUCAAAGAUAGAUACUCGUGCAAGUUUUGCGGGAAAGUUUUUCCGCGAUCGGCGAAUUUAACGAGGCAUUUGAGAACGCACACCGGGGAACAGCCUUACAAAUGCAGAUAUUGCGAAAGAUCUUUUAGUAUAUCGAGCAAUUUGCAAAGGCACGUCAGGAAUAUUCAUAACAAGGAGAAGCCUUUCAAAUGUCCGCUAUGCGAGAGGUGUUUUGGACAACAGACCAACUUGGAUAGACAUCUUAAGAAACACGAAGCGGACGAAGGAAAUGGUGGAGUAACUCUCGCCGAUUCUCCGGGUAGUAGCAAUGAAAAUGAUAGAGAAGAAGCUUGUUUCGAUGAAAUUAGAUCGUUUUUCGGUAAAAUAACCGAAGGAAAUGCAGAUUAUGUUAAUAAUAAGAAAGUCGUUUCGCCGUCUAAUAAUAAUAUAGACGUUGAAAAACACGAUAUCGAUGAAUCGACUACGGAAACCGUCGAAGAUUUCAUAUCGACGAAGUUAAAAACUAUAAUGUGAGAUGUAAGCGAAAUAAAAUAGUCAAUAAAGACCAAAAUGCAAAGAUAACCUAGUACCUUAACAAUUUAUAAGGGUCGCUUAUAUAGGGUUAUAAUCAAGUAAUGCUGAAACUUCCUAAUUCACCCUCUUUCAGACUAAUUUUCCAGAAAUAUCUCAAGAUUAAGACCAUAAUUUGCUGCUCCACCAUCUUGUUCCAACCCCGUAUUGGGUUCCCUAGAUUUUGGAUCCGGAAAUGAAGCAAUUAGGUUUAAUAAAUCUUCCACUGAAGAUUCCAACCGAAAAAACUGUUUGUUGAAGGCGCUGUAUCUGUCUGAAUCCAAUAAUUCUAGAUUCCACAAAAUUCAUCUUCUUUCAGACUGAUUUUCCAGAAAUAUUCCAAGAUUAAGACAAUAAUUUGCUGCUCCACCAUCUUGUUCCAACCCCGUAUUGGGUUCCCUAGAUUUUGGAUCCGGAAAUGAAGCAAUUAGGUUUAAUAAAUCUUCCACUGAAGAUUCCAACCGAAAAAACUGUUUGUUGAAGGCGCUGUAUCUGUCUGAAUCCAAUAAUUCUAGAUUCCACAAAAUUCAUCUUCUUUCAGACUGAUUUUCCAGAAAUAUUCCAAGAUUAAGACCAUAAUUUGCUGCUCCACCAUCUUGUUCCAACCCCGUAUUGGGUUCCCUAGAUUUUGGAUCCGGAAAUGAAGCAAUUAGGUUUAAUAAAUCUUCCACUGAAGAUUCCAACCGAAAAAACUGUUUGUUGAAGGCGCUGUAUCUGUCUGAAUCCAAUAAUUCUAGAUUCCACAAAAUUCAUCUUCUUUCAGACUGAUUUUCCAGAAAUAUUCCAAGAUUAAGACAAUAAUUUGCUGCUCCACCAUCUUGUUCCAACCCCGUAUUGGGUUCCCUAGAUUUUGGAUCCGGAAAUGAAGCAAUUAGGUUUAAUAAAUCUUCCACUGAAGAUUCCAACCGAAAAAACUGUUUGUUGAAGGCGCUGUAUCUGUCUGAAUCCAAUAAUUCUAGAUUCCACAAAAUUCAUCUUCUUUCAGACUGAUUUUCCAGAAAUAUUCCAAGAUUAAGACCAUAAAGUACAAAUGCACCAUCUUGUUCGAACCACGUACUGGGUUCCCUAGUAUUGGGAUCCGGAAAUGACGCCGACAGUUUUAUUUCUCUAAAACGACUGACGUGUUGUUUUCCGAUUACUGCAAAAUGUGCAUCUUUGCAUCAUCGCUGAUUCCUGGUCUUCCAAUUUCAACUUAUUACUCUUUCAGUUCUUCUUUAUUCUGUUAUAUAAAGCACAUGUUUCUCCAUGAUUUCCAAGUCUAUCUUCAUUAAGGUUCUUAUUAACCAAGGUAUCCAAGUUGCGCAACCAAUCUGAAAGCAGUUGUCGAAUAGAGCAAUCAGUAGAUCAGCUAGUAAAUCACCAGCUUUGAAAGAAGACGAAAAAUGAGGACGAGACAAGAAUGUUUGAUGAAUGAAACAGUUAAGAUGAAAGAUCAAUUCCAUGUGAACCAAUCAUCACCAAACUCAUCUUGUUUUGUAUUAAUUUUAACAGUUUUUUCUUGUGUGUCUGGAAUCAUCGAAAUGAACGUUGUACAUUUUAUGAAUGUUGUACAUUAUUUGAUCAUAACUCUGUAUAAUUCGAAGGAAUACAGAUUUUAAUUCUUGCACAAUCAGACAAAAGUACUAGUUCAUUUAAAAGUGUUUUUUAAGAAGUUUUCAAUCGCCUUCAGUCUUCUUUUAAGUCUUACAAAUAGUCCAGAGAAGUUUCAACUAUUUCAAAUAAAACUUAGCGUCUUAUUUCUUAAAUUAGGUCCUUUAUUUUACUUUAACUUUGUGUUGCACGAAUAGAACUGUCAUCAACCUCGACUGGUGUCUUCUUCAGAUGUUUUUUUCUUCUUUUUGCGCCUGCCUCUUUCCAUCCAAUCCUCCAACCAACUCACUUUACUUUAUAGGUGAUCUCUGCUGGACCUUCCUAGGUUUCCUAGAGCUCCAAACUCUUCUUCUAUUCCAUAAUUUUUUAUUGUUCAAUUGGUUUUUUAUUAGAAAAGUUCAUAGCUAUACUUGGACUUAAGUAAGACAUUUUUGAUAUGAUUUCAAAUAUUGAAAAAGUUUUGUUUUGGUAUUAGCACUACGUGCCUUUUGCAAAACGUCUAGUCGAAAUAAAUUUUGAAAACUUUGAAUAUUUGCGGAAAAUCGUCACGAAAUUCAAUAUGAAUUACGUUCAAUGGAAAUUUGGCAUUAUUUUGCGUGGAAUUUUUGAAAGUUACGUUUUUUGGAUCAUAUUGACACUAUGAUUGUGUGAAAUUUGAAAUCUCUAUUCAAUAAAAUAACAUAAUUUGCAAAUUUUUGAACCUACGUCUAAAAUAUCUACGAUAUCUCAUCUACUUUGAAGAUGGGAAGUUUUCGAAUGACCACCCCUCGUAUAAUAAAUAGUUUCUAUGUUUGUUAGAAUUUGUAUCAACACGAAUAAUUUAACUUAAUGUACUGUAAUAAGGUUAAAACCUGUAUUGUUCAUAUUAAGAUUGAAUAUUAUUUAUUAUAAUGUUUAUAUAACAAAUAUUGAAAUCAUAUUAAGAAAUUUGUCAAAUAUUCACCAAAAUUAGUUUUCUGAUUAAGUCUUUUUGUUCUAUAAUAAAAACACUUCAUAGACUACGUGAAAUCAAAAUAGAAAGACAUUAUUUCAUCGAGAAAAUUUCAUUUUUUUAUGAAAAAUAAUAAAUUUUCAUUUAUAUAGUAAAAUAAAAACUUCUCUUAAAUUCUAAUCCACAUUAUCUUCGAAAAUUUUUUUUUGAAUAAUAAAAAUAUAAAUUUAUCGAGAAGAACAUAUCGAAAGAAGUUAUUUGAUAAAAUGCAGCCCUUAAAAGUCGUUUUAAUAUGUUUGGAAGAAAACCUUGUAAAAUCUAAAACCUACUAAUUAAUUAUCAUAAAUCAUCAUCAUCAUCUAUUUUUGCCAGAGUGAAUUAAUUAUAUUUUGAUAUCUAUUAAUUCAGACCUACCACCGUAUAACAUUCCUGAAGCUAUUAAUUUCAUAUAAAAGUCUAUUAUAUACAGAGUGUCUGAUAAAUAAUAUCGAUUUCAAUGUUUGAAAUAAAACUUCAAUAUUCAAAAUGUACUUUUUAACCUAGCUCUUUGAAACCAUUUUCUGAGCACCAAGAACUUAGGAAGCUGCUACCAUACGAAGAUGAUCGCAAAAGUACCUGGUACAGGUCCAUAUUCUUUUUCCAGCGAUGUUUUAUAAGUUCGAUACUUUUUUUAUAAUAAGAAUUGUUUAGCUCUUCAAAACUGGGAUCAGAAAAUAAUCCGAGAGGGCUAAAUCUGGCGAAUCGGGUGUAUGAGAUAUCAAUUCAAACUUUAAUUCAUCAAUUUUGGCCAUUGCAAUAACGGAUUGUGUGCUGGUGCAUUAUCUUGUCAGUCAAUGAAAAUUAUACUUGGAAUCUUCUAAAUUCAAACACUUUAGUAGCGUUGAAAUCAAAUAAAAAGCUUUUUUAAGAAUUUUUACAUGCAGUAUGAAAGUCGUCAUAACUUAUGAGAUUCCCCUUGUAAUACAAAAAGAGAAUAUACAGGGUGUUUUAGAAGAGAUAACGUCUCAUUUAGUAUUGGUAGAAAAUUGAAAACGAACUACUGGCAACGUUGUAAUUAAGUUAUAUACGAUUGUGAUAUUUGUUAUAUAAACAAUAACUGUAUUAAAUGUAAAUAGUGAUUAAAUAAUAAUCAUAUAGGACAAAAAAAAAGAUUAGAUCUAUCAAGUUCCUAUGAUAAUUUUAAAUAAAAACCACUCGGCACUCGAAAUUUUAUUCAUACAAAGCACAAAUCUGCAAUAAAUUCGAAAAUAUAAAAGCUUAUAAUACCGAACCGAAACUUUGUAACCUACGAAAAUAACAUUAUGAAAACCCUGUACUAUUCCAAAACACAAUGUAGUAAAAAAAUAAUCGCAAGAGAUAAGAUCUGCUAAAUACGGUGGUAAGAAAUUCAUACCGUGUCAAAUUUUGUCACCAAUUUCACGAAUUAAUUAUUUUUUUUUUCAAAAUUUAAUAAAAAUAAAAGUAAUAACUACUUAAAUAAUAAUUCCUCAAGUGCUAGUUAAUUCUAUUAAGAUUUCAAUAAGAUAUUUCGUGUCCAUCCUUUAUAAGAAAUCACUGAAAAAUCUGUGGAGUCAUUAGUAAUUUUUUUUCCUUGGUAUUCCAACCGAUCGCUUCUUCAAACAAUUUUGUCCAAUUCUGAAUCGUAUACGAGGUUUGGUUAUUAAAUAACGAGACUGCGCGCCUAGAGGGCUCUCAAAUUUCGUGUUAAUUUGAAAAAAACUCCUACUGAUUACUAUAAAUUGUUGCAAGAGCCCUAUGGGGACAAUUCUCUAUCUCGUGGGCGUGUUUUUGAGUGGUGUAAGCGCCUUAGUGAUGACCGAUAGAGCACUAAAGAUGACCAACGCCCAGGCCGCUUUGUAACUGUUUCAACUCAAAAAAAGUGACCAAAAUCAAAAAAAUUGACCGUACAAGUCGUCGAAUGAGUAUCCGGAUGAUUACCGAGGCUAUAAACGCCGAUGAAGACACGGUUAGAAAAAAUUUACACGAGGAAUUACACAUGACAAAAGUCUGUGCGAAGUUGGUGCCGAAAAAUCGGACUCCUGACCAAAAGUUCUUGUUCAGAUUUCCGUGAAUGGUUAGAAAAAGAUCUGCUUCGAAAGGAAUCCGAUUUAAGUGGAUGGAAAGAACAAAAUCGACGAAGGGAAUGAAAAGACCACGUGGACAGAAUAUCAGAUGAUUGGUUGUUAAAGAUUCCAAAGAAAAAAAAACCGACCAUCAGGAUGACCACCUACAAGAUGGUAUGAAAGCUGAUAUUCAUCAUCCCAGCUGCAGCUAGGCAACCAUUGAUGCAAACACUAAGUCUUAACGUACGACAGUGAAGAGGUUGACAUUAUCAAAAUUUUACAUCUUAAACAUUAAUUUUCUCAGUUAUGAUUGCACCAAAUUCAUAAAUUCUUAUAUUAAUAAACAAAAGACUGAAAUCCCUUUCCAACAAGGCUUCAUAGGACUCCCUUUUUCGAGGAGGUGCUUAUAAUUCAGGUGCAGAUUUAUUCCAAAUCGUCACAUUUUCAAAAAAUUUAAUAUUUGAAACGUCAAAAUAGACAUUGAUCAAAACAGUGAAAACUGCCCUUCUGGAUCUGUUUUCAGUAUAAGCAAAGAAAUUUAGCUUCUAAAUUCUUCCAAAUUACAAGAAAAAAACAUUCGCUGUCCACGCCUAUCUUAUUUGCUAAGCUGUCUAAAAAUUUACGAUUUUUCGUCCCCGAAUUUUUGUUUGGGACAUCCCGUGUAAUCUAUAUAUAUUGCGACCACAUAAAUUUAGCAGAUGAAUCGCACAUUUGAUCAUUUCGAUAUUUUAAUAAAAAAAGUUAUGGGUUCCCAUAAUUGCGUGAUUUUUUGGAAUACGAAGUUUCCAUUUCCAUAAAACAAACACACGUAAGUUUUAAAUUUGGUACGAGAAACUAAAAUCAAAUUUAACUAUUGGACUUUUUUUUUUAAUUUUAAAUAUUUGAAGUACUUAGUACAAAAACCAAAAAGUAAACGUCAAAAAUUAGAUUUAUAGUUAUGUAGAUUAUUUUUAAGGAAUCCAAAGAUUUUUUAUUUAGAAAAUGUUUGUAUAAAAAUUAUAUUGUUUUUACAUAUUAUGAUAUAUCUGUAUGCAUAUAAAUACACGUUCCUUUAAAUUGUU